CCAAACGAAUGGAAGAUGAGAUUUUUCUGAUGCAUUGAAAUCUUAAUCCAAAUCCAGUUCCCAUUACAUAAACAGAGCCUCUUUUUUCUUCUUUUUAGUUCUUACAGUUCACUUAUCACACAAUUAACACACCUUGCUGAAACCAUUCGAAUGCUCUUUACCUUAAUUCACUGAUUCACUCUCUUUCGUGAAAACCUUCUAUUUUUAAUUUUCAACCUCUUUCUUCUCACUCACUCUCAUCACUCCAAAACAAAACCCUAGACUUCCUCCAAUCUCCGAUUCUCGCUUUCUACUUUGCUGCACCCUUGCGGGGAUGCUUUUUGGAGGCUUGGAUUGAAUGUGUGAAACAAAAUUAGUGGAGAAUUUUUUGUUUUAGUUUUGGUGCUUCAAGUGGUUUUUCUAUUUUUGUGUUAGUUGCUGUUAGAUUGGUAGUUUUAGUUCAACAGCAAUUGGCGUUGGAGUGAGAAUUUUGCAUAUAUAAGAUAAGAUAGAUGUAUCAUCAAGUGAGCCAUGGCCCUUCUUUAGGACAAGGUGGUUCUCACCCUCCUCCGCCGCCUCCGCCGAAUGCUUAUCAACAGCAACAACCUCCGCAUCAUCAUCAUAAUCGUAAUCCUCCACCUCCACCACCACAGUUUCAGCAGGGUGGUCCUAUUCCGGUUCCACAAGGUCAUCAUAUGUACCUACAUGGUCAUGGACCACCCAAUGCACCUUCCACUAGUUCUGUGAAUCUUCCCUUUCAAGCUCCACCUGGAAUGGUGCAAAGUGCAGGGCAGUAUGGGAACGGCAUGGCGGCACAAACAUUUACUAGCGUUGGACAGAAUUUAGGGGCUCAGAGUCAUCACAUUCCGCCAUCUCCUCCUCCUGUGCCACCAUCUAGAGCACUACCACCUCCGCCGCCGCUGCCUGCAUCUUCCCAGGGGGAAAUUUUGUGUAAACCUCCUUUUGGUCUGCCUCCACCACCCCCUGCUGGAUAUGUUGGGAAUUAUCAAGUUCCUCCUGUUGCUCCCCCGCUGCCGCCACUGCCAUCCUCUCCACCGCCUAUUCUGCCCCCUGCCCCUCCUAUGACUUCCACCUCUGGCGAGGUUUCUGGCACUGAGUUGAAGGCUGUGGAUUCGGUUGAAAAAGGUGUGGCUUCCUAUCCAUCUGGUAUUGCACCUAUAUGCAAUUAUGAUCCUAAUGGGGAGAGUGGAAGUUGCAGAGAGUUUGCUGCUUCUGCUGAUAGAAAUGAACUAUUGUCAAAUAAAAGUGGAAAUUUGGAUCCUCCCCCACCUCCGCCAUCAGAAGAAAAAACUGUUCAGAAGAUUGAAGCUUUAUGUCAGCUUAUUGCUGAGAAUGGUCCUGAUAUUGAAGACAAGAUUCGUCAAGAGGAGUUUCAGAAUCCUGAGUAUCAGUUUUUGUUUGGUGGUGACCGAACUGAAGCUGCAAUCUCCCACACGUAUUUCCUCUGGAUGAAGAAGAAAUACAAUUUGGAAGAUAGAUGGCAUGAGAAGAAAGCUGAACCACAGUUAAGACCUCUAUCAGUAGACUCUACGGGGCCACUGUAUCAUCUGCAUGUUGCAACCGAAAAUGCUGAUUCUGACAUGGAGAUGGAAGUCUAACUCAGCAGCCUCAUCAGGUUGGUGAGGAAUGUAAAAUGAAUGAGAAUACACAUCAGUUGCAGAAUUCAACAGAGAACGAUCCCUCCAACGACAUUUUAGCCAGUGGUUCAUCAACACGUGGAUCCAUGGGAAUCAGCAACCAACAUGAAGGACCUGGGAAUAUCUCCAAUUUUGAGCAAAUGAAAUCUGCAAUAUCAGUUACCAAGGUUCAUAGUCCUGUGAAUGGAUCAAGUGAAGUGGCUAAAGUCCCCCUUGGCACAGGUUUUGAGAAAUCUGCAGCUCCUCUAGCAGAAGGUUUCAUUCGAAAUGGGACUUCUGAUCUUGUGGAAGCCAUUGAUGCUGAUAGAGAUUCUGGACAACUUAUAAGGAGUGGCAGCCCAAUAAAGCUACUUCAAGAUUAUGCUUCUGAUGAUACUUCAGGUAAUGAAGAUGAAAUAUCAGCAGGAGCUGCCAGUGGUGUUUCAAUUGCGCAUAAAGAUUCCAGGAGUCGCUUAGAGACUGAUAUUGGAUCCAACACUCCCUCCGGUACACAAAAGGGGUUUGGACAGCUCUCUGAAACAACUCUGGAUAAUUUAGUACAAAAAUCUAAGGAACUCAUUGAAGAUUACCAUGAAAAUGAGGAUGAAAGGAAAUCCUCAAAGCUUGAAAAGAAUAUCUUGAAGGUAGAUAAAUUUGGAAGGCAUCCCAAAGAAGCUCCUACAGAUAGUGAUUCCGAGUCUGAUGAUUCUCACUAUCGUCAGACUAAGAGGGGAAGCAAAAGAGGCAGAGGGAGGAGUCGCAGCAGAUCUCCUGAACACAGAAGUCGGAGUAGGAGUAGGAGGAGGAGAAAGAGUCCCCGGAGGAGAAGGGAUAGAAGAAGCCGAUCUCGAAGCCGGUCUCCUCGAUAUCGUAGAAGCAGGAGUAGGUCUCCAAUCUUAAGACGAACAGGGGACUUUGGUGGUGAGAAUGUGAAAAGGGACAGGGGCCAAUGCUUUGGCUUCGUUCGGGGAAAGUGCCAUCGUGGAGCAUCUUGUAGGUUCUCUCACCAUGAAUCUGACAAGAAUGUUAGUUUGAGGCGCCAUAGGAAUAAAUAUGACCAAGAAGUCCAUUCUCAAGCAAAACAUGUUAGUGAUGGUAUAAGAAGUCAGGGUGUGGAUCAAAAGCAGGAGAGAAAUGAAAAAGAAAAUUCUGUUAGGCAUGCAAAUCUGCCUAAUACUUCUGGUAUUGACAGUCAAUCAGUAAGGAAUGAUCCAAUUAAAUCUGAAAGUUUCAGAGAGAGUGUUCUUGAAAUGAAGGAAAGUUUGGUUGGUUUUCUUCCUGAAGUUUUAAGUGGUGAUGAUGCCUCCAAACCAUGUGAUGGCACAAAUGAAGAUGGUGUUCACGCAGAAGAUAAUUCAUUUGUUCACAAGAUACAACCCAAUGUUCCUGUUGGAAUUACAGGGCAUCCUAGUUACUCAUCUAGUACCCAAACUUUACCAUAUAUGUUACCACCAACUCAGCCAUUGUCUGCCCCUAGCUCUGUUGGUCCAUCACCUUCAUCAAGACGGCCUUUAUUACAUAGUAGUUCCUCGGUGGAAUUACCACCUCAUGCUUACCAGUUGCCUCCCCCACCUGUUGUUUCACAUGCACAGGGUGAGAAUGCUGUGAUUUUGCCACAAAUUUCAAGGGACUAUGGUGUAACACAACAAAAUGCAUUAUUCCCUUUUCAGCCCACUACUAGAGAUAAAUUUGAACCUUCCCCAGCUCUGAUUCACAUGCAGAGUCCUCACUUCAGUGUACCACUACCACCUAAUUACCCUUGGACAUCAUUGCCGCUACCACCACCUCCUCCUCUCCCUUCACAAAUUGUGCAUAAUCCCAGCAUAGGUUCCGGAGUUUCAACAUCAUAUGUCUCUUCAGAAUUUAAUCAAACUCAAUUGCAUUCAAGAGGGGACUUUGUUUCUCUGACUUCUGGUAAGCCUGGAUUGGCUUCUCAUUCUCAGAGUUCUGAGUUUCAGGAUCAUGCCUACCCAGCAAAUCAAUUGCUUUCAGGUCCAAAUGUUAGUGGAGAAGACCAUUAUAAGCAAUUACCCAUGCAAGAUUCAAACCUUUCAAGCUCUGGUGGUUCACAUCCUCUACAAAACCAAUAUUCCUGGCAGUCAGAUGCUAUCAGAAUACAGCCUUCUGUUGGUGGGAAUUUACCUCCAGAAGAUCAUUUCAAGACAUCUUCCCACACACUUGCAUCAUCACAGCAGCAACAACCAGUGCAUAGUUUUCAAUAUUCUGCAUCUGAGGGUAAUUUGGGUGUGCCUGGAGAAACUGUUACCUUAUCUAGAUAUCCACCGGAUGUUCUGGAUAGCAAUCAUUCAACUUCUCUUCCAACUUUUGUGGGGUCAAGAAUUCCUGCUCACUGUAAUCCUUAUGCUUCAACCUUUGAGCAGCCGCUUACUUCCAAACUCAGUUCAACUAUUUUUAGAUCAGAAAGUGAUGUAAUCCAUGGCGACAAUAAUUCUGGGUUGAACCCUACUUCUAUAAAUAGGGAAGGCGCCGUUGGUGUUGAACCAAAGUCUUCUAGAGCUAAUCAGUAUGAUCCUCUGUUUGACAGCAUUGAACCACCAUUGUCUUCUCUCAAGAAAUUUGAUUUUGAAAAACAGGAAGUUACAGGUGAAUCCAAUGUCAGCCUAAGGCCCAAAAGUUCUAAUAUGCCGUUGGAUGCGGAAGAGCAAAAUAAGCAUGAGGAGGUUGGAGCUGUUGCCUCUACCACUUCUCAAAAUAAUGAUGAAUAUGGUGAGACUGCAGAUGCAGAGGUGAAUGAUGUUGAAAAUGAGAGCCUAAGUAAUCAUCUGGAUGUUGCAAACAUGACUCCAGGGGAGGUUGAGAUUAAUCAGACCAAGUCUCCAGGGAAGAGAAAGAAGAGCAAGGAUUCUAGAUCAAUGAAGUUGUUCAAAGUUUCCAUUGCAAAUUUUGUUAAGGAGGUUUUGAAACCGUCAUGGCGGCAGGGUAAUAUGAGUAAAGUUGCAUUCAAAACAAUUGUGAAAAAAACUGUUGACAAGGUGUCAGGAGCCAUGAAAGGCCAUCGUAUGCCCAAGUCCCAAGCAAAGAUAAGCCAAUACAUUGACUCAUCACAGCGAAAGUUGACUAAACUUGUGAUGGGUUAUGUUGACAAGUAUGUCAAGUCAUAAAUGAUGGCGGCGGUGGUGGAUGGUUCCGGUGCAGUGCAAGGCAUGCUGGAUCAUGUGACGGUGGUUGAUCAGCAUUCCAUUCCUGAUAGGGUGGUUGUUUCUAUCGAAUAUGUAUGUAUGUAUUGUAUUUCUCUUUUUGAUUCUUGAGGUUAGUUAUAUUUUCUAGUUUCUCUUCCAU